CAGGAAGCUGUGCGCGCCUCUCGCUUCUUCCAGGAUCUUCUGAGAGGGCGCGUGAACGGCACCCUGCAGACUGGUUAUGGCGCUUCACGUCCCCAAGGCCCCGGGCUUUGCCCAGAUGCUCAAGGAGGGAGCGAAGCAUUUUUCAGGAUUAGAAGAGGCUGUGUACAGGAACAUACAGGCUUGCAAGGAGCUGGCCCAAACAACUCGUACAGCAUAUGGACCAAAUGGAAUGAACAAAAUGGUUAUCAACCAUCUGGAGAAGUUGUUUGUGACAAAUGAUGCGGCGACUAUUUUAAGAGAGCUAGAAGUACAGCAUCCUGCUGCAAAAAUGAUUGUAAUGGCCUCUCACAUGCAAGAGCAAGAGGUUGGAGAUGGCACAAACUUUGUUCUGGUUUUUGCUGGAGCUCUUCUGGAAUUAGCUGAAGAGCUUCUCAGACUUGGCCUGUCAGUUUCAGAGGUCAUAGAAGGUUAUGAAAUAGCCUGCAAAAAAGCUCAUGAGAUUCUUCCUGACUUGGUAUGUUGUUCUGCAAAAAAUCUACGGGAUGUUGAUGAAGUGUCGUCUCUACUUCAUACCUCUGUAAUGAGUAAACAAUAUGGUAAUGAAGUGUUUCUGGCCAAGCUUAUAGCUCAGGCAUGUGUAUCCAUUUUUCCUGACUCUGGCCAUUUCAAUGUUGAUAACAUCAGAGUUUGUAAGAUUCUGGGCUCUGGUGUGCAUUCCUCUUCAGUACUGCAUGGUAUGGUUUUUAAGAAGGAAACUGAAGGCGAUGUGACAUCUGUCAAAGAUGCAAAAAUAGCAGUGUACUCCUGUCCGUUUGAUGGCAUGAUAACAGAAACUAAGGGAACGGUGUUGAUAAAGAGUGCUGAAGAAUUGAUGAAUUUUAGUAAGGGAGAAGAAAAUCUCAUGGAUGCGCAAGUCAAAGCUAUUGCUGAUACUGGUGCAAAUGUUGUAGUAACAGGUGGCAGAGUGGCAGACAUGGCUCUUCACUAUGCAAACAAAUACAAUAUCAUGUUGGUGAGGCUAAACUCAAAAUGGGAUCUCAGAAGAUUAUGCAAAACAGUUGGUGCUACAGCUCUUCCUAGAUUGAAUCCUCCUGUCCUUGAAGAAAUGGGGCAUUGUGACAGUGUUUACCUGUCAGAGGUGGGAGAUACACAAGUGGUUGUGUUUAAGCAUGAAAAGGAAGAUGGUGCCAUUUCUACCAUAGUGCUUCGAGGCUCUACAGACAACCUGAUGGAUGAUAUAGAGAGGGCAGUAGAUGAUGGUGUUAAUACUUUCAAAGUUCUCACAAGGGAUAAACGUCUUGUACCUGGAGGUGGAGCCACAGAAAUUGAAUUAGCCAAACAGAUCACAUCGUAUGGAGAGACGUGUCCUGGACUUGAACAGUAUGCCAUUAAGAAGUUUGCAGAGGCAUUUGAAGCUAUUCCCCGGGCACUGGCAGAAAACUCUGGAGUUAAGGCCAAUGAAGUAAUCUCUAAACUCUAUGCAGUACAUCAAGAAGGAAAUAAAAACGUUGGAUUAGAUAUUGAGGCUGAAGUUCCUGCUGUAAAGGACAUGUUGGAAGCUGGUGUUCUAGAUACUUACCUGGGAAAAUACUGGGCUAUUAAACUGGCUACUAAUGCUGCCGUCACUGUUCUCAGAGUGGAUCAGAUUAUAAUGGCAAAACUGGCAGGUGGACCUAAAGCUCCUAAACCACAAGGAAAUUGGGAUAAAGAUGGUUGGCAAGACGAAUCUCAUAUAUAAAUAGCAAAUCAGAUCAUCAUGGCAAAACCAGCGGGUGGGCCCAAGCCUCCAAGUGGGAAGAAAGACUGGGAUGAAGACCAAAAUGACUGAAUGGUUUCAUUUUUACUGUAGGUGAAGGUUGUGUUUGUAGUAGUACUAUAGGAAUUGCCUGAUAUUUUCAUGUUCUCCUUAAAUUAAGAAGUGUUUUGUGUUUGUAUCUUGUAUCCUUGAAUGGAUGAUGCAAUAAACGUUAUUAUCGAAGCCUCUUUG